AUCGGAUCUGAACAGAUUGUAGAUAGGAUCAGUUUCAUCUAAUACAAGCUUUAAUUGCUUAUAACUUAAGUAAAUUUUAAUCAAAAUUUUUAUAUAUUUUUGUUUUCUAGAAUUGAUAUGUUAGAUAUCUCAUUAUUAUAUAUCUCAUACAUUAUAUAUUAAUAUUUUAUAUAUAAAUUAUAUUAUAUAUAAUAUUAUAUUUUUAAUUAUGUUAUAUUUUUGUAAAAAAACUAAAAUAAAAAAUUAAUACUUAUAAAUUUUGUAAAAUUUAAGAGAGAGUACUAGUAUAUGCAAUAUAACUAAUUAUUAUAAAUAUAUAAAAUCGAUUUGUGCUGCAAUAUAUUAUUGCGCAAUAUAUAUUAAUACAUAUAUUAUUAUAGUAUUUUGCUGCAUCAUUGUUAUUUCUUAUCAUGUAAUAUAUAUAACAAACAAAAAUUUUAUAAAAAAUUUCAUAAAAAUUAGAUUACAUUUAUAUUGAAUACAGUUGUACAAGAUUUAUUUCUACCAUAGUUUAUAUAUAAAAUAGAUUGAGAUUCUAUAAGAUAUUGUUAAUAAAAUAAAUUUCUAUAUAUAUUUUUAGUUUAAUACUAUAAUAAUUUAAUUAUAUAACGUGUUAUUAAAAGAUUGAAAUUUUAAUACAUUCAAAAAUGUCGCAAAAUCAAUAUAAAAAUGUUACACAUUGUAUUUUUGAUAUGGAUGGGUUAUUGCUCAGUAAGUGAUUUAUAUUAUCUUACUUAUAUUAUAUUUAUAUUCAAUGAAUUAAUAUAUACAGAGAGGGAUUAUUUAAUUAAUAAUUAAAACUUCUAUUUAAUAUAAUAAUUAAAAAUAAAUAUUUUAUUUCUACGAAGUCCAUAUUUUUAUAAGUUGGAUAAAAUGUAAUCUAAUCUGUAAAUAAGUAAAUAUUCAUUCAUAAGAAUAAAGUAAUUUUGUUUUGUCUAUGUAUAUAUAGAAGUGAAUAAAAUCUCAAUGGCAAUUAUUAAGAAAUAUGAAGAAUAUAGAUUAAAGUACACCAUGCAUCUUUAUGGACAGAUACUACUGUCAAUGAAAAGGUUAAAAUAACACUCAUCAUGCAUACAGAAUUACUUUACACUGAAGCCUUUAAUCGUAUUAUAAAUCUCUACGGGAAAGAAUUUACAUGGGAACAUAAAGCAAAAAUUAUGGGUUUUAAAUCUAAGGAUGUUGGACAAGCUUUGAUUGAAAUGUUUUCUUUACCAAUAACAGUAGAAGAAUUUGAAAAUAAGAUAACCAAAAUAUAUCAAGAAUUAUUUCCCUCUGCAAAUCUUAUGCCAGGUGCUGAACAAUUGUUGCAACAUUUAAAACAAAAUAAUAUUCCAAUAGCAUUAGCUACAAGUUCAAAUAAAGAAAAUUUUGAAUUAAAAACUCAAAGAUGGAAAAAUAUAUUUGAUUUGUUUAAUCAUAAAGUUCUUGGUGGUUCUGAUCCUGAUGUUAUUAAUGGUAAACCAGCACCUGAUAUUUUUUUAAUUGCUGCAAAACGUUUUAUUGACAAUCCUGAUCCAUCAAAGUGUCUUGUAUUUGAGGAUGCUCCAAAUGGUGUAAAAGCUGCAUUUAAUGCUGGGAUGCAAGUUGUUAUGGUUCCAGAUCCAAUGUUACCAAAUCAUUAUAUUGAAAAUCCAACAUUAAUACUAAAUAGUCUUGAAGAAUUUCAACCUGAACUAUUUGGUUUACCACCAUAUAAUAGAUAAUAUGUAUGAAAUAUAUUUCUAAGAAAUAGUAAUGAUCUCUAAUGUGCCAUUAAGUCAACUUACUUAUUAAUAAAUUAGUUAAUAAAUUUUAA